UAUAUAACCGGGCAACUCCAUGCAUUUGCCGCUGCUUUAUUGAAAUCAAAACCCCCCGCACCGCACCAUUACCAUCCAUCGCGAUAUGGCUUCUCAAAGGAUGUCCCUUCUCGUGCUCGCGGUGGCGCUCGCGGCGGCCCUCAUUUUAUCCGCGGAGGCGCAGUCGUCCACGCCGGCGUGCGCGCAGCAGCUGGUGCCCUGCGCCAACUACAUGAACUCGACCAAUCCCCCGGACACGUGCUGCAACCCGAUCAGGGAGGCCGUCGCCACCGAGCGGGAAUGCCUCUGCAACCUCUACAAUACCCCCGGCCUGCUGCAGUCGCUCGGGAUCAACGUCACUCAGGCUCUUCAGCUCACUCGAGCCUGCGGCGUCAACGCCGACACUGGCCUCUGCAACGCAAGCGCCCUAUCGCCAUCAUCCCCAUCGACGCCAGGAGGGGUACCCGGAAACGGAGACAACGAUGCUGGCAGAAUGAUGUGGAGUGGACUCCCUGGCUUGCUCUUGCUUUGGGCUUCAAUGCUGCUCUACUGAGUUACACGAAGCGAUUUAGCCAUUUGUUUAGGCACUUGAGACCUGAUUUUCGGCGCCUACGGAUUUUUCUCUAGUUUCGGUCCUGUCCUCUUGCCUGUCCAUGUGAUUGAUUCGAGUCGUAUUGUUUCUGAUAUAUACUUAUUUCGUAGGUUAAUUGAUCUCUUGCACUCCACGUGUUUCGCCAUUCGAUCCCAGAUAGAUAUCGAACUAAGCACCUAUAUUUGCCUCUUCUAGAUAUGUCUUUUAUUGCAGCUUUGCUGUUGUUUCCUUCCA